AUAAAAGCCUUUUAAAAGGUUUUGUAGUACAACUAUUUUCAGGUACGAGGUUCAGAAAACGCUAUUUGCAACUGACACGAAUACCAAACGUUGCCGUUUUAACACUGACGACCAAAAAACACUACUUCCAAUUUCCAAUUAGCCGCCCAACAACACCUCCUUCCCCGGUGGCGGCUCCUAAUAACAAAUUUACAAAUCCUUCUCCGCGCUUUUAUCUUCGUUUCUUCCCCAAGUUGCCGCCGGAAUACUUUCGACGUUCGUCGUUUCAGGUCCGAACUCCGAACAAUUAAAUCUACUAUGUAUCUUCAUGUGUUGCUCCUUAGCUUUUAUUCUUUGCUUGUUUCAGAAUAUCAUAGGACUUUUAUGCUAGACGAGGGCAAGUAGCCUUGUUAUGCAUUCUUGAUUUUUUAAAUUUAGAACACGAUUAGAUGGAUUGGAUUCUGAGGAUUACGAUGAUUUCUUAGUUUUUUUUUUUUGGCUUGGAAACUUUGUACGCUUCGAUAUUAGUUCAACUUCUGCAGAAGUAUUUAUGUGCAGAAAUUUCUGGGGAGAUGCGUUGAUUAUACUUGAAGGCCAAUGUGUUUUGUGGCUUUCUCUUUAUGUCAGUAUUUGAGGUCUUUAGAUUUGCACCGUUCAUGAUGAUUUUAUUACACCUAAGAAACGUUUUCGUUGGAUGUUAUCAGUCAGUCAUUGGGAUGUAUGUGGCCUUGGAGUAUUAAAUCAAAGCUCCAACUAAUAGCUGCAUCUGAUAUGUAUUAAAAGGUUGAUUUUGGAAUACGUGUACUUUAAAUAAAGAAUGAAAUUACACUCCCUCCGUCCCAAAAUCUGAGUCGGGCUUGUUGUGAUCCCCUUGUUGUGGUUUCCUAGUACAAUAAGCAAGACCCUUAUUUUGGGAUGGAGGGGGAGUGUCAAAGUGGAUGAGGGCUUGGUGAAUUAAUGUGACGGACUGACCACUGACCAGUAGCUGGCUUAUUGAGUCGUCUAAUUUGCAUCUGAAGAGUGAUUAAAAGAUUGAUUAAUGUUUGUGUAUUGUUGGUAGGCAUCUUUAUUUUCACCCAUGCCCUGCUGAUUUUUGCUAAUUAUUCCACUAGGUUUAUUUCCCACUUUAUGAUAACAAAAAACUGCACCAGUUGUAUUUUCUUGCUCUGAUUGAUGAGCAUCCUGGAGAACACCUGUCAGUACUUUGAAUGGAUUCGGCGUCGGGUGUAGGAAAUGGUGUGGUUAAUCUAAGAUCAGUUAUAGAAAAUGCUAGCAUUAAAUUAGGGAAAGAAGCAGCACAUGAUGGAGUUGGCCUAGAAUCAAGAAAGAGAAAGGCAAAGAGGAAGAGGAGAAAACUGCAGAAUCAAUUGGGUAAUGAUAGUAAUUUGGUGGAUAACAUAUUGCAAGUUGAUCAGGAUGUGGAUCAUUCAAGGUAUCCAGAUUCUUGCACAACAACCAAAGUUCGAACUCCGGCCGUCAAUAGAGAAACUAGAUCUGAUGUUAGGUUGAAAGCAGAGCAUCGAGGUGGAAAUGAAAUUAGUAGGGAAAGGGUGAUCGAGAAGGCUGAUCCUAUAAAUGGAUCCCUUGGCAUUGAAGAACAAGAUGCAACAUGCAAUGGAGUGAGUCCAGGAUCAAGAGAGACAAGGAAAAGGAAGAGAAAAGGGCAGGAUACUAUGGGUGAUGGUACGAACUUGGUGAAAAACAUUAACCAAGUCACUCCCGAUGUGGAACAUUCCAUGUAUCCAAAUAGUUGCCCGACAACCAUGGUUCAAUCUCCCACCAUCAUUACAGAAGCUGAUUCCGAUGUGAGACAGAAAGCCGAGCGUGAAAGUUUGCUUGAGUCUUUGGAGCAGCCUGCAGCUGGAAAUGAAUCUAGUAGAGGAGUGGUGAUAAAGAAGGUUGAUCCUAUAAAUGAAUUCCUCGGCAUCGAUCAUGCAAAUGUUAUAUCAAAUUUGAGUUUGAUACCUGUAUCUGAUGGACUAAAAGGUGUUGAGCUAAAAAAGAAAAAGAAAAAGAAAGCUAGAUCGCAAGCUUCUGGAUCUGUUGUGAGAGAAGAAUCUUCCAUCGGUACCUCACUUAACGAUAGCCAAGUCAAUCAGGAUGAACAUUCCUUGUAUCCAAAUACUUGCACAACAACCAUGGGUCCAACUCCUGCCAUCAUUACAGAAGUGGAUUCCAAUGUUAGUCUGAAAGCAGCGGAUCAAGAUUUGCAUAAUCCUUUGAAGAGAACCACAGAUUCUGGAAAUGAAAGUAGUAGAGGAAUGGUGAUAAAGAAGGUUGAUCCUAUUAAUGGGUUCCUCGGCAUUGAUCAUACAAAAAUUUUAUCCAAUCUGAGUUUGGUAAAUGUACCUGAAGGACUAAAAGGUGUUAACUCGAAAAAGAAAAAGAAAAAGAAGAAGAAAAAGAAACAGGAAGCUUCCGGAUCUGUUGGGGGUGUUUCCAAUGGAGCGAACUUGUGUUCUUUUCCUCGAUCUCUUGCCAAUUUAUCUCCGAAAGGAAAGCUUCUUGUUCUUGAUAUAAAUGGGCUGCUUGCAGAUAUAGUUGUGCCUCCACCUAAGGAUCGCACCGCAGAUAAUCGCAUUAAUGGACGAGCAAUUUUUAAAAGACCUUUCUACCAUGAAUUUCUGGUGUUUUGCUUUGAGAGGUUUGAUGUUGGUAUUUGGUCUUCAAGAUCUAAGAAAGUUGUUGAUAACGUGGUUAACUAUUUGUUGGGAGAAAUGAAGCAAAACCUGCUAUUUUGUUGGAAUAUGCUUCACUGUACCCAAACAAGCUUCAAGACACUAGAGAACAAGCAUAAGCCUUUGGUCUUCAAAGAAUUGAAAAAGUUGUGGGAAAAGGAUGACCCUUAUCUACCAUGGGAGAAAGGAGAUUAUAAUGAAUCAAAUACUUUAUUAAUAGAUGAUUCUCCUUAUAAGGCCUUACUAAACCCCAUUCACACGGCAAUCUUUCCAUGUUCUUUCCAUUAUAAAGAUAAAAGUGAUAAGUCAUUAGGACCAGGAGGGAAACUUCGAGUUUACUUAGAAGGCCUUGCUGAAUGUGACAAUGUACGUAACUACAUUGAACAACAUCCAUUUGGUCAACGAGUUCUUGAUGAAAAGAACUCCCAUUGGGACUUCUACUCUAGGGUGCUCUCCAGCAUCACCACCAAAGAUACCGAAGAAGGAUAGACAUUCAUUUGUUUAUUUUAGUGCCAUUCCUUCGAAAGUGGGGAGAACGAGUAAUGAAUUUUGUUGGCAACGUGGCAUUGAGACUCUUGUAAGCUACCAAGGGAAGGUGAUCUUUUGUUUUUACAGUAAAGACAGUUCACUAACUUUAGAUCCAUACACACUAGAAUAUUUUUGAUGUGGGCUAGGAAUGACCUAUCUGAUAGAUAUUACCUCUCUUCUUUUGCUGUAUCUGUUUUAUUGAAACAGCAGAAACGGAGAUUUUAUCCUUAAAAGAAAAGGUUCUCUGUUUAGCCAUUACAAAAAGAGGUCCUUUUUUAUGUUCUAAGUUAAACAUUUCACCAGAAUCCAUUCAUGCAAAGUUAUUCAACAUUGGUUGCUUCUGCUGUGGCUUUGAUUUAGAAAUUUCCUUGUAUGAAGUUUCAGUUUAUGUGCAAUCCAUACUGCUCUGAAUCUGGUAGUUUUGCU